AUGGCUUCUUCCUUCAGAUGUAUCAAGCUGUAUCUUGAGCGCCCUCAGAACCAGAAGGUUGAAGUAAAAACAAUGAAUGUAUCAGCCAUCAGUGAGGAGGCCCUCUGUGAUGAUAUAAAGUCUUCCAAGCUUUCCAGUACAGAGUUCAAACUUAACUCAUUGUCAUCACAAGCUGAGCAGUAUAACACCAUCCUUGGAAAUAUUUUUGAUAGUCAUGCUCCAAUGAAGACACGUACAGUGGUACUGAGACCCCAUUCUCCAUGUUUCAAGAGCAGCUUUCAUAUUGAAAAGCGGGAAAGACGUCACCUAGAGACCUUGUGGAGAAACUCUGGACUUGAGAUUCAUCGGCAGAUGUAUACAUCGCAGAAGCAGAAGGUCAAUCGACUCAUUCGUCAAUCAAAGUCAAGAUACUACAAUGACCUGUUCACAGAGAAUGCAAAAGACCAGAGACGACUCUUCAGUAUUGCUGACAAUGUCCUUCAUCGCAAGAGCAAGUCUCCUCUCCCACAGCACCAGUCAAAUGAACAGCUAUCCAAAGAAUUUUGUAAAUUCUUUGAUGAAAAGAUCUCAAAAAUCCGCCAAGAAUGCCAGAUUGCUGAUGACCUAAGCUUUCCUUCUGCUGGAAUACUGUCAUCACCUAGUAAACUUGUCGGUUUUCGAAGAGAGUGCAUCAUUGAACAGAAAACAUCAUCAUCAUCGUCGUCAUCAUCAUCGUCGUCAUCAUCAGCAUCAUCAUCAUUAUCAUCAUCAUCGUCAUCAUCAUCAUCACCACCAUCAUCAUCGUCAUCAUCAUCAUCGUCGUCAUCAGCAUCAUCAUCAGCAUCAUUACCAUCUUCACCACCACCCUUAUCACCACCACCACCACCAUCAUCAUCACCAUCAUCAUCAUCACCAUCACCAUCAUCAUCAUCGUCGUCAUCAUCAUCAGCGUCAUCAUCAGCAUCAUUAUCAUCUUCACCACCACCAUCAUCAUCACCAUCAUCGUCAUCAUCAUCAUCACCAUCAUCAUCACCAUCAUCAUCGUCAUCAUCAUCAUCGUCGUCAUCAGCAUCAUCAUCAGCAUCAUUAUCAUCUUCACCACCACCCUCGUCACCACCACCAUCAUCAUCAUCACCAUCAUCACCAUUGCCAUCAUCAUCAUCAUCAUCACCAUCAUCAUCAUCGUCGUCAUCAUCAUCAGCAUCAUCAUUAUCAUCUUCACCACCACCCUCAUCAGCAUCAUCACCACCACCAUCAUCGUCAUCAUCAUCAUCAUCACCAUCAUCAUCACCAUCAUCAUCGUCAUCAUCAUCAUCGUCGUCAUCAGCAUCAUCAUCAGCAUCAUUAUCA